GUUUGUUUACCGUAACUGGUUAAGAUUUAACCUGAAGGGCAGAGGUUCAACUUUUGACGUUUUGUAGUGGUCUCCCUUUUGAGUUUAUUUGCUCAACUUCUUCUUAUAAACGUGGGGCACCAUGACGAAGCCACUGGGCAGGAAGUCCAGCGUGUCUCAAGGGAGAAAGAAACCAAACCAAAAAACACCCAUCAAGCAGACUGGUCAGAAAAAUGUGUCGCCGUCAAAACCCAAUCGAAGUUCUGUUAACAAAGAUUCCACCAUGGAUGUGUCCCGAAGAACACGACGCUUUAAAUCGGGAACCAAAGCUUUAAGGGAGAUAAAAGCUCUUCAGCGUACCACUCAUCUUUUGAUUCCAAAAGCCCCUUUUUGUAGAGUUGUCAAAGAAAUUGUUCAUCAGUUUUCAUAUGAAAAUCUAAGAAUUCAAAGCUCAGCUCUUGCUGCUCUUCAAGAGGCUGCUGAGAUGUACAUGGUACAGUUUUUUGAAGACUCGUUGUUGUGUACUCUACAUGCUAAGCGUGUUACUCUUAAUAUUCAAGACUGUCAUCUCAUGAGACGUUUACGUGGACCUGCAGAAGUUGCUAAUAAGUAAGGCGUCUGCCAAACUGCUGUCUUUGACUUUAUUUUAGCAGAGUGUGUAUUCAAUAGUUUGUACAUGAUUUUAUAUAUGAAUAUAUACUCACAUAUAUAUGGUUACAUGAUGUGUUUUCAUGAAUGGUGCAACUUGAGCAAUUAUGGGCUCUAUUUUUGUUUAACUUGCUUUAUCUCUUAAUUCAGUGUUGGAAUUAACUUGACCUAUUUUAAAUUAAAAUGGAACAUUUUUGAAAUGAAAA